CACUUCCUCAAACUCUGCAGACUCUACAUCAGCUAAGCCCUGGUUUAGACCUGGUUUAGUCCUGUUUUAGUCCUGUUUAAGUUCCAGUUCUGUCCUGUUUCUGGAGUUUAGCCUUACCUUCAAACGGUGAAAAUGAGUCGCAGAGAUGCUCCGCUCCGUAAACAGAUGACCACGACUGCCUGCUUUGAGAACGAGAUGCGUCGGCAGUUCCCCCGGCAGAGCAUGUCUGAAGUGGAUGAGCGUGUACGGGUUUUGGCUGAGCAGGUUUAUGCCUCUGCUCUGAAAGACCAGGACCAGAGAGGAGCCAUAGCUCUGUUCACUGUCCACGAAGACUGUCCCAUUGAAGUCCACGAGGACCUCCAGAGGACUCUACAGAGGGAGCUGGAGCAGCAGGCCGACCAGUCUGCCAAGAAAAAAAAGUCCCUGAUGCUGCGGCGCUCUCAGUCUUUGUCUCUGCACAUCCCAGACUGGGUUAGUCCUGGUCUUGGUGGAAGUCUAAGUCCAGGUCUAAGUCCGCUCCCGCCCCUGACCCCAGAGCCCCCUCCUAGUCUCAAAGUGCCUGAGUUCCAGAGAGUCACCAUCAGUGGAGACUACUGCGCUGGGAUCACAGUGGAGGAUUACGAGCAGGCGGCUCAGAGUCUGCUGACUGCUCUGAUCAUCCGAGAGAAGUAUUCCAGACUGGCCUAUCACCGCUUCCCCAGAACCACCGCCCGGUAUCUCAGAGAAUCCCAAAACCGAACCUGGACCCAAGACCAGGAGGUGCUACCAGACAUCUGCCCAUGUCCGUCGGAGGGACAGGAUCCAUACUCCACUGAAGGGAUUCCUGAGGACCUGAACUACUUUCUGCAGAUGAGAGAUGGGAUAAUCCAUGUCUAUGAGCGCUCUGAGGAUGUGGAAAAACAGAAGCCUCGCAGUUUGCCCUACCCCGACCUUGAGACAUUCGCCUUCGAUCUUAGCCACGUGCUUGCCAUGAUCGCAGAUGGACCCACUAAAACCUAUUGCCACAGACGGUUGAACUUCUUGUCUUCUAAGUUCUACCUUCAUGAGAUGCUGAAUGAAAUGCCUGAACUGAAGGAGCUCAAAUGUGUUGCACACAGAGACUUCUACAAUGUCAGGAAGGUGGAUACUCACAUUCAUGCUGCGGCCUGUAUGAACCAGAAGCACCUGUUGAAGUUCAUAAAGACAUCGUACCAAACGGAGGCGGAUCGUGAGGUUCUGGAGCAGGGCGGUCGGACCCUCACCCUGAAGGAGGUCUUUGACAAACUGGGCAUGGACCCAUAUGACCUCACAGUGGACUCUCUUGACGUGCAUGCGGGCCGGCAGACGUUCCAUCGCUUUGAUAAGUUUAACUCAAAGUACAAUCCAGUUGGAGCAUCAGAACUCAGGGAAAUCUACCUGAAAACGGACAACUACAUCAAUGGGGAGUAUUUCGCCAGACUCAUCAAGGAGGUGGCGCAGGAGCUGGAGGAGAGUAAGUACCAGCACUCCGAGCCCCGCCUCUCGGUGUACGGCCGCUCGCCAAAAGAGUGGAUCAGUCUGUCCACCUGGUUUAUACAACAUAAAGUCCACUCGCCUAAUAUGAGGUGGAUGAUUCAGAUACCUCGUAUUUAUGACAUCUUCAGGUCCAAGAAGCUGAUCCCAAACUUUGCUAAAAUGUUGGAGAACAUCUUUCUGCCUCUGUUUGAAGCAACAGUCAAUCCUCAAAACAAGAACCUCUACAUCUUCCUCAAAUAUGUCACAGGAUUUGACAGUGUAGAUGAUGAGUCCAAACACAGCGAUCAUCUUUUUUCUUAUAAAAGUCCCAAACCCGAGGAGUGGAAUGGUGACGACAAUCCUCCAUACACAUACUACCUGUUCUACAUGUAUGCCAACAUCAUGGUGCUCAACAACCUCCGCAAGGAGCGUGGUCUGAACACGUUCUUGUUCAGACCUCACUGUGGAGAGGCUGGCUCCAUCACUCACCUGGUGUCAGCAUUCCUCACAGCUGAUAAUAUCUCACACGGGCUAAACCUCAAGAAGAGCCCUGUACUGCAGUACUUGUACUACCUGGGACAGGUGCCCAUCGCCAUGUCUCCUCUGAGCAACAACAGUCUGUUCCUUCAGUACAAUAAAAAUCCUCUGAGAGAGUUUCUACAGAAAGGCCUGUGUGUGUCUCUGUCCACGGACGACCCCAUGCAGUUCCACUACACCAAGGAGCCUCUGAUGGAGGAGUACGCCAUCGCUGCCCAGCUCUGGAAACUCAGCACCUGUGACCUGUGUGAGAUUGCCCGUAACAGUGUGAUACAGAGCGGACUGUCUCAUCAGGAGAAGAAGCACUUUCUGGGGCCCAACUACCUCCAGGAUGGUCCUGAGGGAAACGACAUCCGUAGGACCAAUGUCCCCCAAAUCCGGAUGGCCUACCGCUACGAGACCCUGUGCAAUGAGCUCAGUUUCCUGGUGGGGGCGGUAAAGAGUGAGUCCAGUCCACCCCCCUCACAGUGAAAAGGACCUGUUUUAGACCUGAUUUAGGUCUCAUUUAGAGCUGGUUUAGACUUGAUUGAGUCCUGGUUUAAACCUGGCUUAGGCCUGGUUUAGACCUGGUCCAAACCUGGCUGAGAUGUGAUUUGCUCCUUGAUUAGUCUUGGGUUAGUCCUGGUUUAGUCCAUGUUCAGACCGGGUUUAAUCCUGAUUCAGUCCUGGUUUAGUCCUGGUUUGGACCUGUCUCCUGGUUUACUUUGGUUUGAUUGUUUUAUAAACUUUAUUAUUUAAGUUGAACAUUUCCUUUUUAGUCCGGUUCCUUAUAUACUUUAGUGGGAAUUUUUGGGGGAUUUGCUAAACUAUAUAUUUUUGGAAAGGUUAUUGUAUAUGGAGUUAGAAAAUCAAUGUUUGCAUUUGCCCAAAUGUCUAUAUGGCGGCCAUAUUGAAUUUUUAAAAAAUGGCUGCCAGAAAACUCUUUGGAAUAUCUCAGCCUCUGAAUAAGAUGAAAUGUUGAUUUUAACUGCUAAACCCACAUUUUCAGGGUCAUAGAAUCAAACGGUGCUAGUUACAAAGCUAUAAAACCUACCCACAUUAACCCUUAGAUGCAUAAGUGGGUCAAAAAAAUGACCCAGUUUGGUUGUUUUCUUGCAAUUACAUUGUAAUAUUUGCAUGUAAUACUCCAUGUUCCUCCAAAAACAUAUUUUUUUAUUAUCCUGUUGAAAUACAUCAACAAUAUGGGUAAAACUAAUUAUAAACAUCACAUGCAGUUGGUCAGAUAACUUAAAGAGUUUAAAAGUAGCUAACAUAAAAUUUUGAUGUUGAAUGUCAACACACACAUUUAGACACAAUAUGAUUAUGCAACCUUUUUUUAUGAGACAUUUUCUAUACAUCAUCAUUAUCAUCAUCACUUUCAUACAACCAUAGACUGUAUAUAUGAGUGGACAGAUCUAACACUGUAGCCGCCAUGUGCCACAUAGGAAGUUCUCCAGGAGGCUCUUCCGGUUCCUUCUGACUCUGGCUCCAAUGGACUUACAUUAGGUUCUUGUGGCUCCUCUCUCUGUACCUGCUGCAGUGAGCCUUGCUAUUUUGGUCUUAAAUGUUUGUAUGAACCUGCUCUACAUGAUCCUUUUUUUUUUGCUAUUUUGUCUGUCAAAAAAAUCCUAUUCAUAAUAUAAAGCCUGUGGGUGGAUGAGAUCCAUCCUGAGUACCUUAAGUCUCUGGAUGUUGUGGGUCUUGGCUGACACGCCUCUUCAACAUUGCGUGGCGGUCGGGGACAGUACCUCUGGACUGGCAGACCGGGGUGUUGGUCCCUCUGUAUAAGAAGGGGGACCGGAGGGUGUGUUCCAACUACAGGGGAAUCACACUCCUCAGCCUUCCCGGUCUGUGCCAGGGACUGGAGAGGAAAAUCCGACCGUGGUUUUCGUCCUGGUCGUGGAACACUGACCAGCUCUACGCUCCCCAUCAGGCGCUCGAGGGUUCAUUGGAGUUUGCCCAACCAGUCCACAUGUGCUUUGUGGAUCUGGAGAAGGCAUUCGACUGUGUCCCUUGUGGUCUCCUUUAGGGGGUGCUCUGGGAGUAUGGGGUUCGGGGCCCUUUGCUAAGGGCUGUCUGGUCCCUGUAUGACCAGAGCAAGAGCUGUUUUUGCAAUGCUGGCAGUAAGUCAGACCUGUUCCCGGUGCAUGUUGGGCUCCCCAGGGCCUCUCCAUCACAGUUUCUGUUCAUUGUAUUUAUGGACAGAAUUUCUAGGCUUUUUUGCCCACUUAUGCAUCUAAGGGUUAAUGUGGGUAGGUCUUAUAGCUUUGUAACUAGCACCAUUUGAUUCCCUGAUCCUGAAAAUGUGGUUUUAGCAGUUAUAAUCAACAUUUCAACUUAUUCAGAGGCUGAGAUAUUUCAAAAAGAGUUUUUUAGCGGCCAUUUUUUAAAAAUUCAAUAUGCCGGCCAUAUAGACAUCUGGGCAAAUACAAACAUUGAUUUUCUGACUCCAUAUACUAUAACCUUUCCAAAAAUAUAUAGUUUAGCAAAUCCCCCCAAAAUUCCAACUAAGAUUAAAAAAUUAAUAUAAGGAACCGGACUAUUUGAGAAUGCAGUUUAGUUUAGUUUGAUUUGAUUUUUAUGUUAAAGUAAAAAACUGUCAAAAAUCUAAACUUGAACGAUGUGUGCCACCGAACUUUUGCAUGAACUGAUGAGUGAAGAGACACUUUUAUUUUUAUGCACAUUUAUAAAGAUUUACAAAACUGUGACUUUUUUGUAGUUUUUUUUUUAUGUCCAAAAUAAAUAAAUACAUUUUACAUUAUU